AGCACAAAAAGACCGUGCGUGCCCCUUUCUCUCUCUCUAACGCACUGAAAAAACAAUCUCAAAUUUUGGUUUUAGAAAAACUCUAAUGGUUGUUGUCCAAGCUUCCAAGAUCAAUCUCCCAACUCCCUCUUCCUCUCUUUCUUCUUCUUCUUCUAAAACACCAACGUCUCUUCUCUUCGAACCCCAUUCUUUUUCCCUUGCCCUUUUCCACUCUGACUCUUCUCUUUCCCUUUUUCCUUCCAUUUCCUUCCCUUUUUCUUCCCAUCAAAAGUCCCUUACUAUUCCUCCUCCUUCAUCUUCCUUCACUUUCCUUCUUCUCCAAAAAACCCAACAAAAUCCUAAUCCCAGAGUCCUUUUCAUUGUUUCAAGCCCUUAUAAAGGUGGUUCCAAGGUUCUCCUUAGAUUUUUUCUUUAUAGGAAUGAUGGCAGUAAGGUUUUUGAGAAGGCUAAAGUUGUUUCCAAGCAAAAGGGUAUUGAGUUUGAUGAUAAAGUUGGGGUUUUGAUUGAUGUUAGUCAUGGUUUGAAAGUUAUGAUUGUUGGGUCUGUUAAUUUUUUCGCUUUGUAUUCGGUUUCAAGCUCGACAGUUUUCAUCUUUGGGGUUAAAUUGGUGGGUAAUGAUGAGGGUGAUGAUGGGGUGGCCGUUAAGCUCAUGAAAUGUGCUAUGAUUGAUUGUUUGAAGCCUGUUUUUUCAAUGUGUAUGUCAUUUGAGUGGUUGGUUUUAGGGGAGGAAAAUGGGGUUAAAGUUUGGCAUUUAAGAGAAUUGGUGAAAGGGAGAAAGGUCAGGAGAGUGAAGAAUUCUGGUCUGUCAAAUGGGGUAAUUGGAGAUAAUGAAGGUAUUUUCAGUGGUGGAUCAAGUAGCUCGGAGAUUGUUUGUAACGGUGAUUUUGAUGGGAAGAUUGAAAAGCAUUCUGUUUCUGUGAAGCAGAUGCCUGGAAAAUUCAGACAAAAAUCUGCGGGUGCAUGCUUUGUGGCAUUUGAGAAAGGGGAGGUUAAGGGCUUGACAUCUGCAAACGGGCCAUUUAUGUCCAUAAAGGCAAUUUCCAUCCAACCACUGUCCUCAAAGAAGUUUUUAAUUUUGAAUUCUGCAGGAAAUUUGUCUGUCUUGCAUGUAUUGAACAAUGCUGUUGGAUUAAAUAUCACCUUUCACAUGAGGUCAUUGCCACAUGUUCUGAAAGUGCAGAAGCUGGCUGUUCUUCCUGAUAUUUCCUCAAGAAGACAAACUGUUUGGAUAUCAGAUGGGUAUCAUUCUGUGCACAUGGUGGACAUUAGCUCUGCAUUUAACGAAAAUGUUAAAAGGGAGAGUGAGGAAAAGCUAAUGCAAAUCUCAGGAAGCCUGUAUGCAUAUACAAUUUCCUGAAGUGGUAUGGCAACCAUAUCUUUGUUUGUGGUCAUUUAUGUUCCUGGUUGUAUUAAAUGAUUAUAUAUUUCAAUUUAUUCCUGGACCAGUGUUUUUAUUGGCCAUCUUGCAUCCGGAGUACAAUGGUGUCUGAAGUCAGGAUAUGCAGUUGUCUCAUGUGUCUAAUGAUGCAUAAGACCGCGAGGACAUUGGCCUCUUGAAGGUGUGUAUAACAUGAAGUUUAGUUUAUCAAAAUAAAUGUUGGGUAAUCUAGCAGAUUAAAUAAUUUAGGCAGAUUUUGUUUAUUGUGCUCCUACUUGCAACUUAUGGUGAGUUUGGGUUGGGAAAUAAGAAAUUUUAGGGUUUAUGGCUAUUGUUGGAACUAUGGUUGGGGUUUAGGAAUCAAUUAUGAUUUGAAUUGGUUAGGAUUUAUCCCAAAAGGGGGCUGAAACUGAAGGAAAAGAUUUCUAGAAACUGUGUACCGAGAUGCUUGUGGUACACUUGGUGAAUUGAGAGAUUUGGCUGAUUAGUAUUGAUGUGAAACUAUGGCUUAUGGUUGAAAUUACAAAAAAGCAAUUUGAUUUUGGAUGCAAAGAGAAGUGACUGCUUUGAAGAUUUAGGUCCUGUGUUGUGAGCAGCCACCCAAGAAUAUUGUAGCAAGAGAGGAAAAUGAGUGGAAAUAAUAACUCAAACUAAAAAAUUUCCAGGUUAAGUUUUAGUAAAAUUCAACUCUACCAAGGCUAUUGAUACAAAGGGACAUAAGUGGGCAAAAAGUAUCUUACUAUGUUGCUUCGACUCAGGUACGGAUUUCAAGUGCUGGUAUGUGUCUAUAUGUUUGAUUCAUCAAUUACCUUAAACUUAAUACACGAAGAUACAAACAUAAAAGGGUCAAGAGAAGGAUGCAGGUGUGGGGACUCAUUUCACAUGUACUUAAAGUAUAAUAUAUAUGUGUGUGUAAGGAUCCAUUUACACCAAUGAAAAAAAAGUUUUACACUUUUUUAACUGUUAGAUCUCAUAAAGCAAUUUUUUUACUCGUGAACUUGUCUUCCCCUCUCUCUCUUUUUGGUUUCUUCAUCAAAUCAACUUGCUCUUUCCUUUCAAUAGCUGACCUUCUUCUCCAUUGCUUAUCAAAUCUUAAGCUUAUCUCCCCAUCGUUAUGGAAUUAAAAUGCCCCAUCCUCUCAUAACACCAUAUAUUUUUUCUCUUUCAUUUUUCACCUUUUAUUUUCUAAAAAUCUGUGAUCUUUUAGUUAUUUUACUGAUAAAUUCUGUUUUUAAUAGAAUUUCAAUACCAAGGAAUCAAGCAAAUCUAAUAUUACAAAACUUUUUCUCUUAAAAUUGAACAGUAGACAUGUAAAGAAGGAUUGUAAUUUGUUUAGUGGAAAAUUGGUCUUACAGUGGGAAAACCAGAUUUUGUUCAUUUGAAGUUGUGAUAAUUUAAAUUUGAUUUUGUUCGUCAUUUGGGUCAUGGGAUUUGAGACAUGAAGGACUGACUUUUACAUCCUAAUAAAGCUUGAUAAUCAGUACUGGAAGAAUGGGAAUGAGAUGAUGCAGCUCAAAAUGAUCAAUCUCCAAAAACCCUUCAAAGAAGAAAGAUGAAGAGAGAAGACAGAAAAUAUAGAGAAUAGUAGAAAAGAUAAUUGGCAGAAGAAUGUUUGUGAUAUUUCUUGAAUGGUUACACACUACUUUCUUACUCCCUUUUAAUGCUAGUAUAACCACCUCCAGUUAAUUCCAAGAAUCUCGGACUUAGUCGUAGUUUCUCUUUCCUUCCUACUAAUAGUAAUAUUAGCUGGAAAAUAAAAAACGAAAAUAUAAAAAAUAGAAAUCAAGCAAAUAAGGGCCUCGUUCACACAAGCUUUAGAAUAGCUAGCCUAAAUACUAAAAACAAGUUCACCUAAGUUAAGCCCAUAACAACACCCCUCCCAUGGAAAAGAUCCUUGUCCUCAAUGAUCAAAUGCAGGAUAUUGUUGCUUUAAUUCAUAUAGAACCUCCCAAUUGGCAUCUUUUGGAAAUUAAUUUGUCCACUUAAGUAAGACUUUUGUAACAGUCACGUUCCCUAUUUUUACCAUCCUCAUGUUUAGAACUUUUAUUGGUUUUUUCACCAUUUGUCCAUUAUCACCAACAAUAGGUAAUGGGGACUGAGUAGCAGAGUUGCCAACAUGUUGCUUCAGUUUUGAUACAUGGAACAUGGGAUGGAUUUUAGAACCACUAGGUAAUUGUAUCUUAUAAGCAACCUUCCCAAUCUUUUCCAGAACUUUGUAAGGCCCAAGGAAUUUAGUAACUAGUUUAGCACAGCUCUUGUUCUUCAUUGACUGUUGCCUAUAAGGUUGCAACUUAACAUAAACUAAGUCUCCCACCAUAAACUCUCUCAUUUCACUUCUUGUCUUCCAUAGUAUUCAUUCUAGCUUGAGCCAUAGUAAGAUAGAAUUUCAGCACUUGAAUUGUAUCUUUUCUAGCUUGUAAUCUUCUGUCUAUUGCCUCUAUAGUUGAAUCUCUUGCUAAGGUAAAUGGAUAGGAGGUGGCUAUUCGUACAUCACUUCAAAACAUGCUGUGUUGAUAGUUGAAUGGUGAUUGGUGUUGUACCACCAUUUGGCCAAAGAUAGCUAUCUGCUUCAUACUUUUGGUGUCUCACUCACCAUGUACCUUAAAUAGGUUUCUAAACAUCUGUUAACAACUUCUGGCUUGACCAUCAUUCUAUGGAUGGUAUGCAGUGGACAUAUUGAGUGACGUUCCAUGCCGUUUGAAGAGCUCUUGCGAAAACUUACUCAUAAAGACCUUGUCCUUGUUAAACACAAUGGAAUUAGGCAUCCGUGGAGUUUGAAUAUGUUGUCCACUAACAAUUGUGCCACUAUUAAAGCUGUGAAAGGAUAAGUAAUUGCCACAAAAUGAGUGUACUUGCUCAACCUGUCCACUACCACAUAUAUAUUAUCUUUUCCAUAAGAUUUAGGCAACCUUUGUAUAAAAUCCAUGGAAAUGUCUUACCAUAUUCUAUUGGGUAUAGGAAGAGGCUCAAUUUCCCAUCUCUUCAAUUGUCCUUCAUACCAUGUGUACUUAGAAUUGGUAGUGAUUUUAGACUGCAAUUCAACAAUCAACUUCUGUAGUUUAGGAUCAGUAUUCCAGGAAUCUUGGAUUUUUCUCAUUAGAUUCGUACUCAUUAUAGAUAGUGCCAUAAGUUUAGGUGGCUCCAGCUUUGGUUUUCGAGACAAGGCAUUAGCAAUUGCAUUAUAGUCACCCUUCCUUUAUGAACCUCAUAGUCCUAACCCAUCAUCUUGGUAAUCUGUAAUUGUUGAACAGGAAUGGUAGAUUGAUUAGUGAGAAGAAAUUUCGAACUUUGGUGGUUAGUCUUGAUGGUGAAGUGCCUACCAAACAAGUAGGCAUUCCAUUUCUUAAAUCUCAUAAGAAUAGCUAGCAUUUUCUUUUCAUUUACUGACAGUGCUUGCCGAUACAGCUUUGUUGAAAUAAGCUGUAAGCCUCCCAUUUUGGGUCAACACUACUUUUAUGCCAGUUUCUAUCGCAUCUCUUUCCAUCAUAAAGGUCUUGUUGUAGUCGGGAAGAGCUAAUAUUGGUAUAAUGGUCAUAGCUGUUUUCAACCUUUUAAAAAUUCUAUAGCCUUAUCAUUCCAUAAGAAAGCAUCUCAUCAAGAGUAUCUUGUAACAAUAUAGUUGGUCACGAAUGUCAUUUUCUUCUCGUUUUCUUUUAAAAUUUUCAUUUGAUUAUAGUCGAAGUAAAUGUUCAUGAAGCGGAGGAGAUCAUGUUCGGCACUGUUGUCCACUAGCUGAUCUAUGCUCAGUAAGGGAAAGCUGUCUUUAGAGCAAGCCUCAUUUAGGUCAGUAAAGUAGAUAAACAUCCUCUAUUUGUUGUCAUGUUUUUUUAACAUAACAGCAGUAGCUAUCCAUUCAGGGUGGUAAACCUUUUGAUAAAUCCAGUUUUUAGUAGCUUAUUGACCUUUUCUUCUAUUAUCUUUUGUUUUUUAGGGGCAAAACACCUCUUUUUUUGUUGAACUAGUUUCAUAUUUAAAUCAAUGUUCAACUUAUCCACCAUUAUUGAAGGGUCUAUGCUUGACAUGUCUUAAGACAUUGUUUCCAACCAAUUGAAUCAAUCCAUUUUUUUGACCGAGCUUAGAGUAUGUAUGUAUACAUUUUUCUUGAUUAUCCUAAAAAAAAGGAACAAGUAUAGAUCUUCGGCUAGUUUAAGUCGGGUGACAUCGAUUCUUUUGUUUUUGCUCGUUCAGGGCAAGAUUGAAUCCGUUAGAUUGAUUUUCUUCUUGUAGUACUUUGAUCUCGAGAUUUUCCUGCCUUAUAUCUCUUUGGUGACAGUUGAGAUUGGGAUUGGGGUUAUAGGUUCCAAGACUUUUUCCUUUUUGUGGUGGUCACAUAUCAUUGCCUGUUCAUGGAUUGGUCUCCCCUGAGCUCUCCUAUCCUAUUGGGAGUAGGAAACUUGAUUUUGAGGUGAGGAGUUGAUCUUACAACUCUUAUGUUAGAUGGCUCAGCCAAUUUAAUAUCAUGUUAUAGGCUAAGGGUACAUUUAUCGCCAUAAAUUCAAUAAUUAAGGGGACUGGUCUAGGCUUGGUUCCUAAAGUGAUUGGAAACUUAAUGGUUUUUUUUACAAAACUUGCUCAUUUUCAAAAUCAAUUAGUGUGGUGGUGAGCGGCCUUAGUAUGUAAUAAGUAAUCUCCAUUUUUACCAUGAUUGACUAGUAAAUGACAUCGAUCGGGCUUUCAUUAUCAAAAAGAAUUUGUUUUCUCCACAUGAUUGUUUACUAUAAUUUUUAUGACUAUGGCGUCAUUAUGGGGAAACUGAAUCUUUUUUAGAUAUUUUGAGUUGAAUGAAAUUGGCUUGUCAUAACAUUUUUGUUUCUUAGCCAUGGAACAAAAGGUCAUUAUUGUUUUCAAAUCAAAUUUUUUUUGGUUGAUACUGAGGUCCUACCAGUAAUUGCAUUAAUGGUUCCUGUUAUGGGUUGGUUGUCUACCUUAUCUCUUUUUUUGUCUUUCUCGUUGGGCUUAUGAUUAUAUUACCUUGGUCAUCGUUUCUCUCCUAUUCUCUUAGUUCAUUCUCGAUUGCUCUUUUUUUUUUUCUUUUGAAAUUCGUCACGUGUUGCCCUGGUCUUUUAUUUUCCAUAAACCUGUUAAGCCGACCUUUUUUGAUCAGAUUCACAAUUUCGUUCAUUAGGUUAACACAAACCUUAGUAUUGUGAUCGUGAUCCUUGUGGAAAGCACAUCUCUUGGUUGGCUCUUUUUUGCUAUUAUGUCUUAGUGGCUUUGGUUAUAUGAGCUAAAGGUUCCUUUCUAUUUGCGUUAGAAUCCUGUCUUGAGAGGUAUUUAGUGCAUUGUAGUUGUAUAAUUUGCUUGGGUUCUUCAUCUUAGGGUACCUUCCAUUGAUUUUCUUUCCUCUUGGAGAAUUCUCAUUUUCUACCCUUUUUCUUGCUAAGAUGGGAGGAAGUCCUUCUUCACCUUGCCGUUCACCAUUAUAGCUUUGGCAAUGAUUUUUUUUUCUACUUUUGGAGCAGGUCAACUAGGGCCUUUUGGGGGUUUUAGAAAGAGAAAAAAAGUUUGAAAUGGUAUUCUUUUUUAUUGAAUUCAUUGGUGAGGACGGCCACGGCUACAGCUUGCUCUAACUCAUUAACUUGAAGAGUUUUGACCUUAAUACACUUCACAUAUGCGUUUAAAGAUUCUUUAUCUUCUUGUUUUAUUGGCAUCGAGCUUUAGGUCAUCUUUCUUGUUCAAUUACUUAUAAAAUGUGUCAAGAAUGAGUGGUUAAACUAUUUAAAGAAAGAUAUUAACUUGUGCUUGAGGUUGGAAUACCAUGACUGAGCUGUCCUUUUUAGUGUUGUCGCAAAGCAUUUGCACAUCAACAGUUUGUUGGCAACCUGUGUCAGUAUGCUUGUUCUGAAAAUUUCAAGGUGAUCAAAAGGAUCAGUAGUGCUAUCAUAAGUGUCAAUAGUAGGCAUUUUGAAUUUUUUUAUGGGAGGGAGAGCUCGAUAUAUGUCCUCAAUAAAUGGUGAGGUUUCUAGGAAUCUGAGCUUAUCAUUAAGUAUAAAAGUCUUGUUCCUAAGCUCUUUUUCCAUUGCUUCUAUUCAAGUUUCUAAUUUCAUUAGCUAGAUGCUCCGAGGUGGCUUCUUUGGCCCUUUGGGUGGCUUGAGUUUUAAAGUUGGUUGCAUAGUAACUUCUUGGAGUUUCAUCUUUAUCCUGGAUCAAGAAAUGACUUCAUUAUCCUUAUAGGUCAUUAGUUUUUAAGUUUAUGGGUUUCUUUGGGUUAUGGGUAAUGCUUUCUUUGAAGUUUGUAGCGGUGUUAUGUUCUGGAUGAGUUUUGUGAGGGAUUGUAGCUACUGGGUCAACGUUUCAAAUUGUUUUAAUUUAGGUGUAGCUUGCAUAAGUCAUUUGGGUUCGGUUGGCUGAUCUAAGUAUCAACUACAAUCGCAACGAGAUGAUCUCCCUCUUUAGCUGUUUUUCCUUGAAGACAUUAUGAACUAAGUUAGGUGAUGUUGCCUUUAACUAGCUCGUUAAAAUGUUGGUGUCAAACUCGACUUGGAGGAUAAAGCCUGGAAUCGCAAGAGAUCAAAGAUUGGUCAAGGACAAAGGUUGGAGGUGUAUCCAACGUUUAUGCUUUGAUGUUUAAGUUAGUGCUUGGAAUAGAGAGGAAAAGGGAAAUCUAGAAAGAGUUUUUGUAAUUCCUCUCUUAUACUUGGGAUGAGAUUAGGAAUUUAUACAUGAGGGGGGAGAUGUUCGGACUUUAAUGAUUUGAACUCUUGGAGUUAGGUUUAGGGUUGAUGGGGCCAACCUAAUAAUGACAACUUAAUAUAUUGAUAUAUUGUCAAGUGGGAUAUAGGUUUGAUCGAGCUAAUGUAGCCUUCGAAAAUUAUGGUUGAUCUGACAUGUCAACUCAGGCUUAAUGAUCAAAAUGCUUUUGAGUGGAUGGUGAGUUAUUAAAAAAUAUUAUUUUGAUUAUAAAAUACCUUUGGCAACGAAUGACAUGACAUGGACAUGACCGCACGACAAUUUGAGUGCAAUG